UUGGGACUCUUGGGCAGACAGUGUGGGCCAGGUGUGGGGUUGCAGGCCACUCAGACACUGACUUGCUCCCGUUUAGGUACACCCAGCAAUGAGGGUCUGUCCCAGGAUGGAGAUGUAGUCAUCGGUGGACUCUUUACUCUUCAUUACCAUCCUACAGUGACAGAAGAAGAAUUUGCUUUGCCACCACACUACAAGCCUUGCACUGGUUUAGAGCGUGACCUGCUGCAGUAUGCUAUGGUGUUUGCAGUGGAGGAAAUCAAUAACAGUACAACACUGCUACCAGGUGUGAGGCUGGGGUACCACAUUUUUGACAGCUGUGGCAGACCGCCGUGGGCUCUACAGGCAGCACUGUCCCUGGUUGGAGGAGACGGCAGUAGCUGCAUUUCUAGUGAUCCUUCGGAGAAAUCUGCAACGUUCAAAGAAAGAUACAGAAAAGGGGAUCAUCCUGUUCCCUUGAUCGUUGGGGGGGCUUCAUCACUGACAGCCCAGACACUCUCCAGAAUCCUGGGACCACUCUCUAUCAGCUACUUGGCCAGUUGUCCCUGUCUGAGUGACAGGCUUCAGUUUCCUAACUUCUUCAGAACCAUCCCAAGUGAUAUUUACCAAGCCAGGGCCAUUGCACGGCUGGCUAUUCGCUUCAAGUGGACUUGGAUUGGGGCAGUGGUGGCAAACAAUGAUUAUGGACUCAUGGCUGUUAAGGUGUUUCAGGAGGAGACUCAGGGAAAAGAGGUGUGUCUGGCAUUUGUGGAGACUCUCCAAAGGGACAGAAUUGUGAGUGAUGCCAGACGUGCAGCAUUAACAAUUCAGGCCUCCACUGCGAAGGUCAUUCUGGUCUUUUCCUGGUAUACAGAUGUGAGAGAGCUAUUCCUGCAGCUAGCCAAGAUAAAUGUGACUGACAGACAGUUUCUAGCCAGUGAAGCUUGGAGUACGAGUGAUGAUCUUCUCCAUGAUCCUGUCACAAAAAAAGUAGCCAGUGGUGUUCUUGGUGUAGCCAUUCGAAGUUCAUCUAUACCAGGAUUUCAAAAUUACCUCAAGAGUUUGAACCCAAUUACUCGUCCCAGUGAUGACUUUUUAAAGGAAUUCUGGGAAAAGGAGUUUGGUUGUAGUCCCACAGCCACAAAUCAAUCAGCAAACAAGUUUCCUCUAAAGGCUGCCCUUCCACCCUGCAGUGGUGCAGAGUCCCUGCAGCACCCCUUCACUGACACCACUCAGCUAAGGGUGACUUAUAAUAUCUACCUGGCUGUUUAUGCUGCAGCCCAUGCCCUUCAUAGUCUCCUCACAUGCCCUCAUAUGGACAGUUCAAUGAAAAACAAAAGAAAGUCCAUCUGUUCUUUAAAGCUCAAUCAGCCCAUCAAACCAAAGGAGCUUUUGCAGCACCUGAAGGAUGUUAACUUCACCACACCACAGGGGGAACAAUUUUACUUCCAAGGAGGAGAUAUUCCACCAAAAUACGACCUUGUCAACUGGCAGAAAAUGCCAGGAGGUUCACAGAAACUUGUCUUGAUUGGUCGUGUUGAUGAGUUUAACCUCCAUUUUAAUGACUCAGCAAUUCAAUGGAGUACAGGAUCCAAUCAGGUCCCUGUGUCAGUGUGCAGUCCAAGCUGUCUUCCUGGUACCCGAAAGGCCAACAAGAAAGGAGAGCCUCUCUGCUGCUAUGACUGUUUCCAAUGUGCUGAUGGGGAGAUAAGCAAUGCAACUGAUUCUCUUCAUUGUGAAAGAUGUCCAUCAGAGUCUUGGUCCAAUGUUGAACGAACCACUUGCAUCCCUCUUCAACUGGACUUCCUUUCCUUUAAUGAAACAUUGGGCAUUAUUCUGAUCACAGCAGCUGUGUCUGGUGCUGCAGUGACAACAGCUGUGUUUGUGGUGUUUCUUUAUUACCGUCAGACACCCAUGGUGCGAGCCAAUAAUUCUGAGCUGAGCUUCCUACUUCUUGUGUCGCUGAAGCUCUGCUUCCUGUGCUCACUGGUGUUCAUUGGUCGUCCCUCAGUCUGGUCCUGUCGAUUCCAGCAGGCAGCCUUUGGGAUCAGCUUUGUACUUUGUGUAUCCUGCCUCCAAGUCAAGACCAUAGUUGUUCUGGCAGCGUUUCGCUCAGCUCGGCCUGGUGCUGAAGCCUUGAUUAGGUGGUUCGGUGCGGGCCAGCAAAGAGGCAGUGUCUGCCUUCUGACUUGUAUUCAGAUUAUCAUCUGUGCCACAUGGUUGUCCCUCAGCCCUCCGGUUCCUCAACGUGAUCUGGAUUUCCAAGGAUCAAAGGUCACCCUUGAGUGUGCCAUGACCUCUGUGGUGGGCUUCUCUCUGGUCCUCGGCUACAUUGGCUUGCUGGCUUGUACCUGCCUCCUUUUGGCCUUUCUUGCUCGAAAACUCCCUAACAACUUCAAUGAGGCCAAACUGAUCACCUUCAGCAUGUUGAUAUUUUGUGCUGUAUGGGUAGCAUUUGUUCCUGCCUAUGUCAGCUCUCCUGGGAAGUAUGCAGUUGCAGUAGAGAUUUUUGCAAUUCUGGCCUCCAGCUAUGGUUUACUUUUGUGUAUUUUUACACCAAAGUGUUUCAUCAUUCUUUUUAGGCCUGAGAGAAACACUAAGAAAAAUCUGAUGGCCAGGUAG